AUGGCUAGCGUAGCGGACAAUUACGAAUUUCCGCAAAAUCCACAACUGUUAUACGAUGAAGAAAUUCAUAAGCUGGACACAAGAGCACGGGAUUUAUUGGAAAAUUACACAGAUAUUUUAAAUCGUGAUUCAGUUCCAAUAGAAGCUGAGACAGAUGGAGAUUGUUUAUACCAUUCCUGUCGGACAUUUUAUCCUAAUGUUAGCAUUGAUGAAAUUCGAUUCAGGUGUAUUCAAGAGUUAUGUUUACAUGAUCAGUAUUAUACAACUACGAUCAGUAAUUUAGGUCUUGACCUUGUCGAUGAUGAAUCUGUCGAAGACCAUGUAUUACGGAUCAUAAAUAAUGGAGAGUAUACGAGUGUUCUAACUUUAGCCGCUCUAUCAUCGGUAUUUGAUCGUCCUAUACGAUCGGUAUAUCCGAAUGUUAAUGGAGAUAUCAGUGGUGAAGAAGAUGGUUAUUAUACAUUGCUCAAUCGGACAUUUGAACCACGACAAAAGUCACAAAACCCUUCGUCAGCAUUGCAAGUUAUGUGGUCGGGACCGAAACCAGAACGUGAUCGAAUAUGGCGCACAAACCAUUUCGUGCCACUUCUCUCUACACAUCAACAGCAGAUGGAUACACAAUCAGAAAUGGAUUCUAGUACACCAGUUUCAUAUCAGCAACAUCAAUGGUCUUCUUCGCAUGAAAAAACGAGAUCAAGUAUUACUCUGAACGAAAAUGAACAAGAACUCCUGCAGUUGCCUGCUACCACAAUGGAUGUUUUGGAACAAGAAGAAAAUGAUGAAAACAAACCCGACAGCGCAGCAUUUUUAUCUCGGCAGACUUUCCUCGAUGCUGCUAAUGUUAUCCAACAAGUCAUUAGUG